AUGUCAUACAGUGCGAAGAACCUCACCUACGAGGCAAAGGAACCAGCAUUCCUACAGAGACUGAAGGGUCAGUAUGGGAACACACCUGGUCGCCUUCAGCAACCAAUCUCCCGCCCUCGCCGACCGAAAGUUGACAGUGGCGAUGACGAUGAACCUACAUAUGUUGAUGAAGCGAGCAAUGAAGUGAUCUCGAAAGAGGAAUAUGAGGUCUUGGUUCGUGGGAGUGCCCAAGAAGAAGACGGGUCAGCUGAGGAGAAGACUGAGGAACCACAGACGACUCAGGAUAAAAAAGACCCUCAGCCCAGGAUAGAGAAAGAACAUGCGCCAAAACAAAAUCUCGCCGAGAUAGGAGGACCUAAGAAGCGCAAACAGGGCAAGGCCAUUGGAGAAAAUAUACCUGAAGCCGACAGCGAGGGACCACAGCACAAAGUGUCUGGAUCUCGAAAAGCGAAGCAAAAAAAGAAGAUUAAACUCUCCUUUGAUGAGACAUGA